UUUGGUGACUAUGGGGCCCCCCAAUCCCCAAGGCAGCCCUGUGCGACUGAGCUGGGCUGGGUGCUGGGGAGCACAGGCAGAGCAGAGCCUGCUGACCACUGUGUCUGUGCAGCGGCUGUGGAGGCCUGUGUCCUGCAUGGGCUGCGGCAGCGGGUGGUGGGUUUCCUCCGCAGCAACAAGGUUGCAGCUCUCUUCAUGAAAGUGGGUAAGAGCUUCCCACCUGCUGAGGAGUUGAGCUGCAAAGUCCAGGACCUGGAGCAUCUGAUUGAGAGCACGCGAAACCAGAUCCAGGGCCUCCAGGAGAAUGUGCAGAAGCUGCCGAAGCUGCCCAGUCUGUCCCCACUUGCCAUCAAGCACCUUUGGAUCUGUACUGCCCUGUUUGAGAAGGUCCUGGACAAAAUUGUGCAUUACCUUGUGGAGAACAGCAGUAAACACUAUGAGAAGGAAGCGCUCCUGAUGGAUCCUGUGGAUGGCCCCAUCCUUGUGUCUUUGCUGGUGGGGCCCUGCGCCCUAGAGUACACCAAGAUGAAGACUGCGGAUCACUUCUGGACCCACCCCUUGGCCGACGAGCUUCUCCAGAGGCACCGCAUUCACAGCUCGCACCUGCGGCAGGACUCACCCACCAAGCGUCCGGCCCUCUGGAUCCAGAAGAGGCAUUCGAGUGGCAGCAUGGAUGACCGGCCGUCCUCUCUGCCCAUGAUUAUGUUGAGUCCCUGCACCAGAACUCCAGGGCCACCCUGCUCUAUGGCAAGAACAACGUGCUGGUCCAGCCGAGGGAUGACAUGGAGGCUGUGCCAGGAUACCUGUCCCUGCACCAGACGGCCAACAUCAUGACCUUGAAGUGGACGCCCAACCAGCUGAUGAAUGGGUCUGUGGAGGACCUGGACUAUGAGAAGAGGCUUCCAGCUGUCUCCUAAUUUCCCUGACGAACUCUCCUCAGUGCUGAAGCUGCUCCUGAAAACUUGUAAGGGGGCUGAGAAAGACGACGAGGUCAGCAUCAGAUCGGCCUCUGAGGGACGUGUCCUUUGCCUGAGGAGCCACCCUAAAUUGUGAGGAGAGUACAAAUUAACAUUUAUUGAGAAGAGCCUCCUAAAUAAAAUGACAAGAGCAAUCAUUAACAUUCUUGAGUGCUAGCCACUGUUCUGAGGGUGUGACCAGUCUUAACUCCUGUAAUGUUCACAAGGACUGUAUGAUUUAGGUACUGUUAUUUAUUAGUUUCCAUUUUUUAGGUGGAGAAAUAGGUGCCCUGAGAGAUUAUAUAACAGCCCAAUCACACAGACAGUAGGUGGCUGAAUGCAGUUCAAACCCUGGCUGCCUUGUUCUAGAGUCUGUGUUCUUCCCUUCCUAUCCUUUACUAUCUUAUCUGAUUAUAUGCUGGUAGACUUAAUUUGCCCAGCCCUAUAAGUUAUUGGGAGUCACGGAUGCAGAAAUUGAGGUACAGAUAGGUUAAGUGAUUUUUUCAAAGUUUCACAGCCAUUAGAUGCUCUCUGCUUUAAAAACUAAUACUAUUAACCAGCUCACAAUACUACAGAAAUGAUGAGUCGGUCCCCAGGCUGGCCAUGAAUUAACAAUCAUGUACUAGAGUUGGACCUCAGUUUCCCUAUCUCUGAAAUGGACACGGCCUAGGACAGUGGUUCACAAACUUUACCCAGGGCAUUUAUUUAAAAAUUACGGAUGUAAGUGAAAUAAGCCAGGUGGAGAAAGACAAAUGCCAUAUGAUUUCACUUAUUUGUGGAAUCUAAAAACAAAACAAAACCACAUGAACAAAAUAGCAGUAGACUCAUAGACAUUGAGAAGUGACUGGUGGUUACCAUGAGGGAGGGGCUGGGGUAGGUGGAUGGGGAGGCAGAGCCGGGUAUAGGGGCACAAAAAUUCUCAAAUCAUAAUAGAAGUUGGUCGCAGGGAUGGUAGUGCAGCAUGGAGAAUACAACCAAUGAUUCUGUAACAUCUUCCUAUGUUGACAGAUAGUAACUGCACUAGUGGGGGUGAGGAUUAAAUAAUAUGGGUAACUGUUGAACCACUGUGUUGUGUACUUGACACCAGUAUAAGACUGUAUAUCAACGAUACUCUAAUAAAAAGAAAUUACAGAUGAAA